AAAGUCUCAACACUUCCUUCAGCUAAAAUUCCACUGGAUCUAAGGAUUAGGACAGAAGAACCUGCAAACAUGAAGCUGCAGCUAGCUGUUCACCACGUCAAAAUAGACCGCAAGCUCCUGAAGCCUCAAGUGGAGAGGAGAAGGCGGGAAAGGAUAAACCGUUGCCUAGAAACACUCAGUAAGAUGCUGAUGGAAGACCGUGAGAACCAGAAAAGAACUGAGAAAGCAGAGAUUCUGGAACACACUGUUGCUUUUCUGAGGAGCAACAGUCACCAUGACAGCAACAACUUUCACAACGGCUUCUCCGCCUGCCUGCAAAAAGCCUCUGAGUUCCUCCAGACAACAGAUAUGGCCUCAAAUCAGAAGCUGGCGCUGUCAUCAAGACUGGACAUGGUUGCUGUCCCCCAGCAUCAUCAUCCUCAUCUGAAACUGGACGUCCAGACUCCCCUUUCUUCAGCCACCGUCUCCAAGCCACUGAGCCCUAAGAGAUCCGCUUCAAAAGCUGCACUGUGGAAUCCCAGAUCACCUGGCGGACAUUUGACCUGCCAGAUCCUGUGUCAAAAAGUGGACAUUUACGCCAACAUCAAAGCUGAAGUCAAAGCCGGCAUCAGCAAAAGUUCCCCUCAGCCUCCACCUUCCUCCAUGUCAACGGUCUCCCCCUCCCACAGACGCCAUCUGACCCAAAACUCCCAGUCAUCUACACAAGCUUCCAGCCCCAUCACAUCAGGCUACACUGGAAAGGAACUGUUGCCACAAACCCAGCUCAUGUGGAGACCAUGGUCUUGAGCUGUCAAUCAUGCCUGUAGCCUGGCAACCACUCUUCUCUAGCAGGUGAACAUAUUUAAGAGAGUGUGAUGCCAGAGUCAGAACUGGACCAAAGCCCCUGUGUAAAUCCAGGGGCUCUAUGUUAAUAUAUUAUUGAGUUAUGGAAUCCUUCUCCACAUUCUUAGAAUACUGUGGGCUCUGUGCAAUGUUAAAGAAGUCAGAGUUUUAUCCUCCACAGCUGAGACUGCUGUAAAACUAAAUGACUAAAUUCUCUGAUCAGAACGCUCAAAUAUGGACAACAGCUAAAUAAGCUUUCUUCUCUGCUCUAUGUGUAUUUAAAUUCACGUCAUAUU